AUGUCUGACCUUCAAUUCAAAGCCAAAGCUUUUUUAACCGAUAUGGACAGGGCCUUUGAAGGUAGCCACAUCUUCAGGCAGUUCGAGGACAAUACCGGGUUGCCAAAGUCGUACGGCGUGCUCGGGGGUGCGGGUGUCUAUUUGUUUAUCAUCUUCCUCAACGUUGGUGGCAUUGGACAAUUGCUCUCCAACAUUGCCGGUUUCGUCAUUCCGUGCUACUACUCCUUGCUUGCCUUGGAGACCAGAACCACCGCUGACGAUACCCAGUUAUUGACCUACUGGGUUGUGUUUGCGUUCUUGAAUGUCAUCGAGUUCUGGUCCAAGGCAAUCUUGUACUGGAUUCCGUUCUACUGGUUGUUCAAGACCAUUGCUUUGCUCUACCUUGCGUUGCCACAAUUCGGCGGUGCCACCCCAGUCUACAACACAUUUAUCAAGCCAUUCUCUGAGGCGUACAUCAUCCCAAGAAAGAGUGUCGCUAGUAACUUGGCUAAUACCGUGGAAGAGGUUGCCGAGGGUGUUUCCUCCGCUGUGGAGCACUAA